CGUUGCGUUGAAUUACGAAAGGUGAACUUGUUUCAGUUGAUACUCGAAAUGCGCCAUCUCGUCUUGCUGUUCAGCCUCGUUUUAUCCGUCACCGUGGCAGAUGAUUCGGCUAAAGACUUUUCGCAAAACAGCAGUUACAUAACAGUCUCGCCUAUUACCUUGGCAGAGACAACUUUGGCCACAUCCUUAAACAGCAGCGGAUACGACGAGGAUUAUUACCGUAAAAACAGUCGUCCGGCCAAUGCUGUAAAGAAAAGCACAACAGUUAAACCCGUUGUCAGACGACCGGCUACUACGACCCGACGUCCAAGACCAACUAGGCAUCCAGCAGAAACUAAAGAUCCCGUUCACAGUUGGGAUCAAGCCGAUACUUGCGGGGGCAACAUCCUUGUGCCUUUGUCAGACGAUCAGAAUAAUAAAGUCAUCGAGGAAACUUACCGGUCGACUAGUUUCCCAAUAGCGAGAACGUAUCCAUCAAUCUGCACUUGGAAUGUCAAGGUACGUAGAAAAUCACAUUUGCCCUCAAAAUUCAUGGUGAUGAUGGGUCGACUCCAGGUGAGCAUAAAUUGCCGUCACGGUCGAAUUGUUUUGAGACUUGACGAACGCAGUCGACUGCCCAAUGACAAGGAAUGCACAAAUGGAUACAUCCGCGUUUCUCCCUUUAUGAAAGAAGCCAAAAUCUGUGGCCGCAUCGGAGACGUCCCUCCUCUCCAGUUGCACGUCGAGGACCAACAGCCGGAAACUGUGACCAUUUCCAUGCGGAAUAUGGGACUUGAAGAAGACAAAUCCACCGGUCUGUCUUUCACCCUCCAAGGUGAAUGUUUGGCAUACUUAUCAAACGUGACUAUCAACAACAAUGGCAAGAAUUCCAGCAACAGUCAGUGGCUGCAUCAGCUGUGGAAAAACUCGGUAGUCGCUGGAGGACCCAGGGUUUUCAUUCCGGGUGUGGAUCUGACCAAUAUUAUUCCCUGGAUGGAAAAUCCUGGAACACUGCCGCCACCUACGACGUUGGCAAGUGUCACUUCAGUAAAUAACUUUGAGAGUAACCUAAAUCAACCGCCUACCCGUCGUCCUCGACCAGUACUCGACGUCCCAACACCCGACGCCCGUCACUUCCAACAGCUCAUCCAGUCACUGCCCGUGCAACAACACCUCGACCCAUAACUUUUGACCAAUACGAUACGUGCGGAGGAACAAUCCAUGUCCCUUUGAUAUUCGAUCGACUCUCGUUCCACGAAUCGUCGCAUUUCUUCACUUAACGCAAU